AUGCCUCACGUCAGAAACCUCUCCGGCUGGCGAAGGGCGAACACCCGGGGUCCCACCGGUGACCCUGCUCAUUUCUCCUCAGCCAGGAGGCUGCACAGCAACCAGCUUUUUAGGGGGAAGGACAUUAAAAGAGAGGAGGGGAGGCACAGGGAACGGGAGUGGCGGGCUCACGCCGGGCAGGCACCGCUCUCUGUGCAGAGAGCCCACAAGCAGGACUUGAGGAUUUUGCAGCAGCAUGAGACGACUGAGGCUGUUUUCUUUAAGUUUGUGGUUCUGCAUGCUGUCAAUGAUGCAGAUCAAGCCAUCCAGAUCCAGAACCUGCUGCAGAAUAAAUUUUGUCUUAAAUCUGGAAUAACCUUUGCAGCAAUGCCUUGUAGUGAACGUGUCUUGGAAAACUUAAGUGAUGCUGUGAAUGGCUCAGCAUGGACUAUCAUGCUAUUGACAAAUUUUCUGAAUGGAUCUUGGUAUGUGUUCCAGUCUUUCACCUCCCUUGCUCUUAACAGGAUAAAUUACAACUCUGUGAUACCUGUGAGGCCACUGAAUAACCCACUUACCAGGAGAAGACUUUUUUUUGUUUUGCAGGCUAUUAAUGCACUGUAAGAGGAUAGUCCUGGCUUUGCAAAACAAGUGGAGAAAAUUUUCCACAAGUCUACAUACAGGCAACAGUGA